AUGUUGAAAUACGUGCGGAGAGUACGGCCGCUGCCGUGGAUAUGCGGGCGAUGUCUGGGGCAGACGUCGCUCAGGCAGACACAGCAGCGCCGGCCGCUCUCAUGGACGGCGACCAGGCUGUCCGCACAAGAGACGAGCGAAUUGUCUGCAUUGCCCUUGGCAGGAUCCCUGCCGACGGACCACCGGGUCAACACGGGCCAGGAGAGAGACGACGACGCGAUGCUGCGGUCCAUCUUCGACUCGUCGGCCGCAUGGACGGCGUUUUCGCGGGCAGCCAAGAGCAGGCCGGCGGUCGGAUUGUUUGGCAACGCAUACCUGACAGAGCCACGGGGCUUUCUGGCCUUUGCACAAGCCAGCCUGGGACGGGCGCAGGGCAUUGUGGACAAGGUGGCGCGGGCAUCGUCGGCGGCUGAGUACGGGGCGAUCGUGCGAGACCUGGACCAGCUGAGCGAUCUGCUGUGUCGGGUGAUCGACCUGUGCGACUUUGUGCGGGCCAACGCGCCCGACAGCCAGAUGCAGCAGGCCGCCUCGGAUGCCUGGGCCACGGCAUACCAGUAUAUGAACCAGCUGAACACGACGACAGUGCUGGCCGACCAGCUGGACGUGGCCAUGGGCAGCGCCGCCGCAUCGGCCGGCUGGGGCGAAGAGGAGCAGGCCGUGGCCGCCAUGCUGAAGCUGGACUUUGCCAAAUCGGCCGUGGACUUGCCGCAGGAAUCGCGCGACCGUUUUGUCGAUCUGUCACAGCGAAUCAGCGAGGUCGGCACUCGCUUCGUCGAGACCAUGGCGCCGGCUCAGGCUCGUCUGGACCUGCCCAGCGCCGCCUGUCGCGGCCUUGAUCCGGUCGUGGCCCGCGGUCUGACCACCCGUGGCCGCCUACGGCUGCCGACCGCCAGUGCUGAGGCUGCGCUGGCGCUGCGCAGCGUCGUCGACGAGGACGUUCGCAAAGCCGUGUAUUAUGCGUCUCGCACGGCCUCUCCUCACACUGUGCAGCUGCUCGAACAGCUUCUGUGCCAACGCGCUGAGCUCGCCGGCCUCGCCGGCUUCGACAGCUACGCCCACAUGGCGCUGCGCGACCGCAUGAUGGCCCGGUCGCCCGAGUCGGUGCGCCGCUUCCUGCUGGCGCUCUCGGGCAGCAACGCACCGCGGGCACGGAGCGAGCUGGCCGAGCUGAUCGCAGCCAGGGCUUCCAGUGCUUCAGCUCCCGACAUCCUUCCCCCUUGGGACCGCGACUUUUACAUGCGCGCCUUGCGCCGGGCUGACGAUGCUGCUGCGCCGCGUCAGAAGCUGCUGCACGGCACUCCGCUGUCGCACUACUUCUCGCUCGGCACCGUGAUGCAGGGCCUCUCGCGGCUGCUGCAACGACUCUAUGGCCUACGACUCGUUCCGCGCGCCACACCGCCCGGCGAGACCUGGCACCCCGACGUGCGUCGCCUUGACGUCGUCUCCGACACUGACGGUCACGUCGCCGUCCUCUACUGCGACCUCUUCUACCGCGACGACAAGUCGCCCAACCCGGCCCAUUUCACCGUGCGCUGUGCCCGCACCAUCUCGCCGGCCGAACUGGCUGCUGCCGCCGACAGCGACCUCGGCCGUGCCCUCGGCUCGCCCGCCAAAGCCGCCAAUGAUGGCAUGGCCACCAUACGCACCGCCGACGGCGCCGUCCACCAGCUGCCGACGAUCGCGCUGGUCUGCGACUUUGCACGCAGCGGUACAGGCGGUGGUGGUGGGUUUUUGUCACGUGUCGGGUCACGUGAUAGACCAGCACUCCUCAGCUUCCACGAAGUCGAGACCCUCUUCCACGAGAUGGGCCAUGCCGUCCACUCGGUCCUGGCCCGCACGGCGCUGCAGUCUGUCGCCGGCACGCGCUGCGCCACUGACCUCGCCGAGCUGCCGUCGACGCUGAUGGAGCACUUUGCCGCUGACGCCUCAGUCCUGGCCCUGUUUGCGCGCCAUUACGAGACCGACGCGCCGCUGGACCACGCCCAGGUCGCCGAGGGCCUGCGCCGGUCGCGCCGCUUCGCCGGUCUCGACGACGAGAACCAGAUCGUGCUGGCCAUGCUGGACCAGGCGUACCACGGGCUGCCUGCCAGUGCUGCCGAGGGUGCCGGCCUCGACUCGACUCGCAUCUUUCACGACCUGCAGCGCGCCAUCGCCGUCGGACCGGCCGAUCCGCCCGGCACCUGCUGGCAGGGCUUCUUCGGCCAUCUUUUUGGCUAUGGCGCCACGUACUACAGCUACCUCUUCGACCGCGUGCUGGCCGACCGCGUCUGGCACGACGUCUUUGCCGCCGGCCGCGACGGCGCCGCCCUGCAUCGCGACAACGGCGAGCACCUGCGUGACUCCCUCCUCCGCUGGGGCGGUGCCCGCGACCCUUGGCGCUGUCUCUCCGAUGCUCUGCGCGACAAGCGCCUCGCUCCCGGCGACGAGGACGCCAUGGCCCUCGUCGGCAGCUGGGGCACGAGCAACACCUUCCAGCAGAACAAAGGCCGCGUCUGA